CAUAUUGGAAAAUGGAUGUUCGAUGUUCUAUCUUCUUUGUUUUGGGUUUUCUAGCAUUAUCUGUCCUCCACUUUGACAAUGCGGAAGGGGUUCGAAUGUGUGGAAGACGCCUGGCAGAUCUUCUCAACUUCGUCUGCGGAAAACACGGCGGAUUCCAUUCACCCAGAGCAACGCGAGGAGUAUCCGACCGCAGUUCCAGCAAAACAUCAGUCGUUGAGUUACGUUUUCCGCUCUCCGGCAGGACUCUUAACUCAGGCAAUCAAGAAACUGCUGAAAUUGAAAUGACAUCAAAUUUCCGAGGCGGUGUAGUCGACGAAUGUUGCAGGAAGCAAUGCACAUUCACUACAUUGUUAUCAUAUUGUGCCAAUUCCCAACAUGUUGAAAACAUUGAUCUUGAGGAAAUGGUUCCACCAGGAAGUGAACCAGCAAUUUCAGCUGAAGAUAUAGCAGAAUUCCAUGAUGCGGCUAAAGGAAUGACGGGUCCAUCAGAAUCCAGCGCCAUUCCAUCUCAUCCUGCCGGUUUUGCUCAUUCCAGACGCCCCUACUUGGGUCAAUUCAUGCGCAACAGGCCCGUCUUUAUAGUCUUGUCCCAGCUGCAAGCAGAUGAAAAUCGAGCACUUGGAGACUACAGAUUUUAA